UCUCACAUGACAUCAUCUUUCCGCGACGGCAUGUAGACAACUUGCAGCAUUGAUCUUGGGGACAUGACUUUUCUCUUUUCUGCGUGAUUGAUUCUAAUUUGGGAAGUUUAUUUUGUACGUUGAAAUCGUAGAACUCUGAAGUGUCAUUAUGAUUGCGGUUUCAAGAUUUGCUGUCAGAUGUCAUAGCAACGUGUGCAGAUAUGUGGCCAGGACAUUGGCAACACAAACUGAUGGCGAAGUAAGAAUUGCAAGUGUAUUAAAAGAUAAAUUUCCUCAAGCCACGUCUCUAAGGGUGGUAGAUAUAUCCGGUGGCUGCGGAGCUAUGUAUGAAAUACAUAUAGAAUCUGAUGAAUUUAAAGGUAAAAGAACAGUACAGCAACACCAGCUCGUGAAUCAGGCACUAAAGGAUGAGAUCCAAGCCAUGCAUGGUCUUCGAAUAUUCACUGGUGUCCCGGGAAAGUAGAAAGCAGUUUGUUAUUUUGAACUCCAAAAUAUGUUUUUGAUUGAGAAUUCCAGAGAGUAUCAAAAGCAAAUAUUUAUGAUUCGCCUCACAGUGUUGCUUCCUGUCCUUUUUUUUUUUUUUUUCCUUCUUUUUAAGACUCGGUAGUUUUUCUGUUUAUUCAUGCCUGAAAAAAUAGAAACAUUCAAAUAAAUAAUUUAUUUCAUUUUAUGUAAACUGAAUGGAGAAGUCAAAUCUGAACAGUUACGUGUACAAAACUCCUUAGAAUCAUUCAAUCUAUUAAUAGCUGGAAAAGGGACUGAAUUUGACUGUACAGCAUUCAUCAUUAUGUCUCAGGCAUUAAUUUUCCCUCCAUUACUGUCCCUCUGUAGUGUGAGAUACAGUGAACUAUUUAUGGAAUGAAAGUGACCUUAGAUGCUACUAUACGCACAAGCUCUAUGUUAAGAAUCCAUGCUGUUACUUAGUCAGUUACCAAAGAUGAAAAAGGCCAUUCCACAUCGUUUCAGCUACCAGCAUUCAGCACACCAUCUCAGAAUUGGCUGAUAUUUUUCUGUUCUUGAAGAACACUCUGACAUGACUCUGACAUCAGGCAAUUCUGAAAUGGUGGGAUGUAAAGAUGUUCCCAAUUUGACUGAAAUGACCUGGAAUGACCCAGAAGGUGUUAUUCACAAGUCCGUCUAUAUUGGCCUUUCCCUGAGGUCAUACAAAAUCUUAUGCUCUGCAGCACUUGUUUAGAUCAAUGACUUGUUGAACAGUUAAUUCACCGAUAACAAACAGUAGUAGCUACAAAGAUUGUAUAUUGUUAUUAAUAACGUGUACAUGUUGAGAGUAAAGUUGUAUAUUGCAUCAAAAUAUAUCUUAUUCUUA